CCGGAAGUCCUAAUGUGACCAAGAAAGAUGGCGGGGGAUUCCGCAAUGGAGCUGCUCUUUUUAGAUACGUUCAAGCAUCAAAGUGCAGAGUUGACAAACGUGGAUGUUGUGCGGUUUCCGUAUGGCGUCUUGAUCACAGAAGUGCGGGUCAUUCCCCCUGGCAUCAAAGCACACAGCAACCUGUCCGACAGCAGAGCAUUUGGUGAGACAUCCCCUCACGCAUUCCAGUUGGACUUGUUCUUCAACAAUGUGUCCAAGCCCAACGCCCCAGUGUUUGACAGGCUGGGCAGCCUCGAGUAUGAUGAGAACAAAUCAAUCAUCUUCAGACCCAAUGGGAAGAUCAACACAGAUGGUUUAGUCCUGCGUGGAUGGUAUACAUGCCUGACAUUGGCAGUGUAUGGUACCGCUGAGCGCCCGCACAGCCACGAGCGGGACUCUCCGCCCCCUCCUCCACCACCUCCCCAACAGCAACAGCCAGGAUCCAAGAGAAACGUUAAGCACGAGUGGGCCAGUGAGGAGCACUACAAUGGAAGCCCACCCAGACCACAGCCCAGAGGGCCACGGACCCCACCAGGUCCUCCCCCUCCAGAUGAUGAUGAUGAUGAAGAGGCUUUACCUGCACCUGGCCAAUGUCCAGUAAAGGAGGAGAACACAAAGCAGGGUGAUGAUUACCUGGAGCCUGUCUCACCUGAGCGAGGGUCUCUUCCUGCAGAUGAGACGUACUCGGAUGCAGAGCCGGAGGAGGAUGAGGGCCCGGUUGUUGAGGAAGAAGAUGAGGAUCCACAGUCAGAGGGAAGUGUGGUGGAGGAGGAUGAGGAGGAAGAUGAAGAAGAGGUUGAUGAGGAAAUGGAUAUAGAUGGAGAAGGUGAUGAUGGCUAUGAGCAGAUCUCCAGUGAUGAGGAGGAUUUGGAGACCAGCGCGUUCAAGCUUCCUGCGUUUGACCUGGACUACACAGCCGAGGACCUGGCCUCCUUACCAACCGUUCAAUACGAUCCGUACGAACGUGAACUCCGACCCCUCCAGCACUUCACCCCGCCGCACAUCACACGCUAUGAGGCAGAAGUGAAACGCCUCAAAACGGUAGACAUCCAGGACCUCAGCUCCCCAUGGGCGGAGUCAGCGGCUAAAUUGUCUGAACUGUUAGAAGCCUGGGGGGAGGGACAGGGGGCGGAGCGAGGGGCAGGCUGGGUAACGGCAUUGGAGGAAAUCCCCGCCUUGCUUGUUAAAGGGCUGAGCUGCUUGUCCAUCAAGGACCCUGAUUUGCAACAGGACAAGUUAAAAAGACUGGUCGAUUGGACCUGUGAAGCACUUAAUUUGGACUCUGCACUGGCACAGCCCAUAGCCCUGAACCUGCGCCAGCUCAAAGCUGGGACCAAACUGGCCGCUUCCUUGGCCGAUUGUGGUAACCCGGCUGUUCGGGACCUGCUGGAGAAAGGGAUUGUUGGCAGCCUGUUGGACUUGUUGUUCGCUGAACACGUUUCAUCCACACUGAAACUCAACGUGCUACGUUCUCUCGACAGCAUCAUCAGUGAGCCGCAGGGCAUUGAGACCCUGCUCAGAGACCGUCACCAUGGCGAUAAGGGAAUAAGUGGGUACCAGCGUCUGCUGGAACUCUUUCUGUUGGACCAGACUGUACGUGUUGCUACAGCAGGUGCUGCCAUUUUACAUAAGGGACAUUUUUAUGAGAUUCUGACUGACCUCCAAAAGACCGCAAACAUCUGGGCUGACCGGCAUCCGAGCGUAGGGGAGGUGGGUGAGAGAGAGGGUACAGAGAGCGAGAAGGAACGAGAAGAGAGAGACAGAGAAAGCACAGAGAGGGAAGUAGAGGGGGAAACUCAGGAAGUAGAGCGGGAAACCCCAAUGGACAUUGAUACUUUGCUGGAAUCUGUGUCUUUGUCAGAAGGUGACUUGGAAAGGCUGCAAGCUCUCCUGGAGGAACUGCUCCACCUGUUGGAGACAGCACCACACUGUAUGGUACAACCUCCUGGAAAAGCUUUCCCAACCAGUGCCCGAAUCACCGGGCCACCGGAAAGAGAUGAUCCCUAUCCCACACUGUACAGAUACAUGCACGCAUGUCACUUUCUGGAAUCUCUGGCAGUCGUUCUGUCAUAUCCGGCUACAUGUGCCCAUAUCGGAGUCCUGCAGGCUGUCAGAGAUCUAAUGCGAUUCCUGUCGCAGUCCCAGCAGGGUCUUCUCUUCCUCCUUAGCCAACAUGAACCCACCAACCUGCUGCUUCGUCUCCUCACUCCCCUUACUCACUUGACUCCUUCCUCUCACCUGGCUCCACUGACACCUCUUUCAGAGGCUGAGGUUGAAGAUGCUCCAGCAGUUGGUGAGGGGACAAUCGAAGAUGGGUUUUGGGUAUGGCUCAUGCAGACGUUACAUGCUCUACAGGGUAUAGCUGAGCUGAGCGGGGCUGAGCUGGAAGAUGGCGAUAACCCAGAUGUACUGGCAACGCUUCAUGCUUUGUAUCUUAUUAGCUUCACCACCACCGGCCGAAACGCUGUCACACAUGCAUUUAGCUUGGAAAAUAACCUCAGCUGUCUGGUCAACCUGGUAGAACACCAUGCCAAAGAUGUGCAAGGGGAAGGCAAAGCAAGAAAAUCUGUCACAUAUACUUAUGCCUGCAUGCUUGUGUUGCUGGUGGUGCAGACAUCAAGUGAUCUGCGAAUGAUGGAGCAGUACGCCGCUCCGCUUCUUGCCGUCUGCAAAGCUGAUGAAAACAAUGCUAAACUUCAAGAGCUGUCUAAGUGGUUGGAGCCUCUCGAAAAAUUACAUUUUGAUAUCAGUGGCAUCCCUACGCUUAUUGACUACAUAAAGCAGAAUCUGGAGCACUUGAUGACGGCAGAUGGGGUGGGACUAGUAGCUGCUUUCAGAGUCUUAUGCCACAUUUCCUGUCCUCCACCCACUGUGUCAGGUCAGCAGAAGGACUUAAAGUGGAACCAGGCCAUAAUAGCCCUCUUCAGUGCAGAGGGAAUGGACACUUUUAUCAAAGUCCUCCAGAAGCUUACAGCACUGCUUCUGCUGCCAUGGCGACUACACGGGCCGAUGGGCCCGACGGCGCAGCGGCUCAUGAUGCUGUCUGUGGCCUCCUGCUCGCUCAGACUCAUACGGGCCAUGCUUACGGAGCUGCUGUGCGGAGGAACCUGCGAGUUCCGUGACGUGCGCGUGCCCUCUGUGUGCGUCAUGCUCCACAAGAUCCUCUGCUCCACCCCGACGACUGGCCGCUUGGAUGCGGAGGAGCUGCGUAUCCAGGGAGACGUGACGGAGACAUUGUUGACAUUCACGCAUGCGGUUAGCAAGCAGGAGACCGGUUCGGAGGAGAUGGUGGCAGGGAACAGCUGGUCUCUGAUGCUGAAGGAAGUGUUGAACUCUAUACUGGCCGCCCCUGAGAACAUCUACAGCAGCCUCAGUCUGCUCUCUGAACUGCUGCCUCUCCCUCUACCAAUGCAGACCACACAGGCACUAUCAGUGCAGGACAUCGGGGUUGCGAUGAACACACGUAAGCUGUGGAGUGUGCACCUCCACGCUCAGGCUCGGGUCUUACAAGAAGUGUUGCAGUGCGUGUGCGUGAGCAGCUGUCCUCCAAUUCUCUCCAUGCUCCGCAGGGUGUGCGUGCAGCUCUGUGAUCUCGCUGCGCCCACCGCAACGCUAGUGAUGAAGACGUUGCUGGAGCAGCUGCAGGAGGAAAUGCAACAGGAGGCAUCUGGCUCGCGGUUGAUGAGGGUACUGGCCCUUCUCGACUCGCUGGCGUCUCAGCGCGCCUGCAAGGCGGCAUUGUUGUCCUUGCUGGCCGGAUCUAUGCGAAGCGAGGGACGGAGUGAGGGUAAAGCCGAGGACAAACAGCCAGACCUCAUUCCUUCUUUCCUCGCAAUGCUCAUCCUACCAGCAGACGCCAGCUUGACGGUGCAGCAGAACGCCGAACUGACGGCUUCCGUAAUUCAAUCGCUGUGCGAUCAGGACGUGUCACUGAUCGUGAGUGGCUCGGGUGAGGCGUCAGUGUCCGAGGCAGAGCAGCUAGCCAAUUCGCUUCCGACCAAAGACGUGAUGGUGUGCAUAUGCGACGGAAUGUUGGAAGUGUUGGGAAAUGCGCACAGCAGCUACACGCUGCAGCUGACGUGCCUUAGGACUAUGAUGUUUCUUACAGAGCAUGACUAUGGUCUUUACCACUUGAAAAGCUCUCUGAAGAAACACAACUCGGCCGUUUCUUCUCUGAUUCGCAGGGAAAUUGCGUCCUUUAACAAAGAAUCGGCUGAGCUUCUGUCUGCACUGUUUGACUUUUUGAGGCAGAUCGUGAACAGUGAUGCUAUGGAUGAAGACAUAGACAGUCGCUCUUUGGCACUCAGUGCAAGUGACAUGAAACAGCUGCUGCAGUGGAAGGAGGACUCGGGGGAGCAUUCAGUACCAGAGCUGGAGAAACAUAUCAUGGAGCUCUGUAAAGAGGAUGAGUCCUUGGAGACUCUGCUUGAGAACGUUACUGGACUGCGGCAGAUUAUCGAAAGCUCUGGAGACACCCCUGCUGGUACAGAGCCCGACACUGAACCCACUCUGCCACCACCAGAACCCCUCCAGACACAGUUCAACCACAGGACAGUUUAUGUUCUCUCAGAUGUUCUGGACGAGCAGCUAAAGGCACUGUGGUUCUCUCCAUUCCAGUCGGAUGAUUUGGAGGCUGAAGUAGACAUGGUCAAAGUAGACUUGGUUGCACUAGCCCAGCAAUGUUGUCCAGACUUGGACCUGAAGGCGGAGUUAGAACGGUCAUUUCUCAGUGAACCCACCUCCCCAGGGCAUAGCAAAUCAACCAAAGGCUUUAGACUUGGCAAGCACAAACACGAGACCUUCAUCACAUCCAGUGGGAAGUCCGAUUAUGUGGAGCCUGCCAAACGAGCGCACAUCAUGGCAGCCCCUCGAGGUCGGGGCCGUGGUGCAUUUGGCCAGCUCUGUCGACCGCAUGACAUUUUCCGUCAGCGCAAGCAGAACACGAGUCGCCCUCCUUCCAUGCAUGUUGAUGAUUUCCUUGCUGCAGAAUACAAGGAUGUGGGCCCGCCUACUGGCCUGGCUCCACCCAAACGGCCACAAAAAGGAGGAGGAGCCAAGCCACCAACCAGGGGCUUGUUUGCUGGAGGAACCAGAGGGAGGGGCUUCCAGAGUCAUACCCGCUUCUUCACUCCACCAGCCCCCAAGAGCGUUCUGCUUGCUGGUAACUACCCUCGCCGUGAGGGUGGGCGAGGCUCUGCCUGGAAUACGCCUGUGACAGCUGUCACUCACAGAGGGACUUACAGUGAGCCUCGUGGAGGGCAAAGCAACUUCGCUCGACCAUUACCCUCAAGACAACCACCUGCAGGUGCAUACCGAUUGGCUCCUCGUGACAGAGCCACCAGAGGGAGGGGCGCUGGUCUGUCCUGGCUCAGUGGAGGUGGAGUCAAUAUCGGAGGAGGUGGUUUAAGUGGCGGUGGCCGUGGUCAAGGAAAGUUUAGCAGUGGAGGUGGGCGGGGCAGACAUGUCCGCUCAUUCACUCGAUAAAUGUUGCCAUUAGCAAAACAGACUGCAGAUAGCCAUAAGGCUUUAAAGGACCAAUCAGGAUGUGGAUUUGCAGUCUCUGUUGCAACCAUUGGCUGAUAUUGUGUAUAUCAUUGUCAUGUUUUGUGUUUGUUUUUCUUGUUUGUUUUUUAUAUUAUUAAAUUCUUGUGACUAUA